UGCGCGCAUCGCGCGAGCCGGCUGACUGGUUCUGAAACCUGAUUGGCUGGAAAGCCGGUCGCACUGCAUCGCGGCGUUGCCAGGCUACGACCAAUCAGAUUGCAGCCGCUUCCAGAGAUUGCCUUUUUUGGCCAAAAUCCAAGCGAGCUCGGCGGGGCGUGGCAGCCCUGGGAGGGUAAAGCGAGCCGCUGCUGAAUGCUCCUCCUGUUCAGUGCUCAGAGCUCGCUCUAGACAGACGUGUGUGAUACUCUCUCCUUGUUCUCUCGCCUGAAGAACGGUCCUUUAGCAAAAUGUGUGACGACGACGUUGCAGCGUUGGUGGUCGACAACGGCUCCGGUAUGUGCAAGGCCGGAUUCGCCGGCGACGACGCACCCCGUGCCGUCUUCCCGUCCAUCGUCGGCCGUCCCCGCCAUCAGGGAGUCAUGGUCGGCAUGGGUCAGAAGGACUCGUACGUGGGAGACGAGGCCCAGAGCAAGAGAGGUAUCCUCACUCUGAAGUACCCGAUCGAGCACGGCAUCGUCACCAACUGGGACGACAUGGAGAAGAUCUGGCACCACACCUUCUACAACGAGCUGCGUGUGGCCCCCGAGGAGCACCCAGUUCUGCUGACCGAGGCCCCCCUCAACCCCAAGGCCAACAGGGAGAAGAUGACGCAGAUCAUGUUCGAGACCUUCAACACCCCCGCCAUGUACGUCGCCAUCCAGGCCGUGCUCUCCCUGUACGCCUCCGGACGUACCACCGGUAUCGUGUUCGACUCUGGUGACGGCGUUUCCCACACCGUGCCCAUCUACGAGGGUUACGCUCUCCCCCACGCCAUCCUUCGUCUGGACCUGGCCGGUCGCGACCUGACCGACUACCUGAUGAAGAUCCUCACCGAGCGCGGCUACUCGUUCACCACCACCGCCGAGCGCGAGAUCGUCCGCGACAUCAAGGAGAAGCUGUGCUACGUGGCGCUGGACUUCGAGCAGGAGAUGCAGACCGCGGCCUCCAGCUCCAGCCUGGAGAAGAGCUACGAGCUCCCCGACGGACAGGUCAUCACCAUCGGGAACGAGCGGUUCAGGUGCCCCGAGGCCCUCUUCCAGCCCAGCUUCCUCGGAAUGGAGUCGGCCGGCAUCACGAGACGUGUUACAACUCCAUCAUGAAGUGCGACGUUGACAUCCGUAAGGACCUGUACGCCAACACGGUCCUCUCCGGAGGCUCCACCAUGUUCCCCGGCGUCGCCGACAGAAUGCAGAAGGAGAUCACCGCUCUGGCUCCGCCCACCAUGAAGAUCAAGAUCAUCGCUCCUCCCGAGAGGAAGUACUCUGUAUGGAUCGGCGGCUCCAUCCUGGCCUCCCUCUCCACCUUCCAGCAGAUGUGGAUCUCCAAGCAGGAGUACGACGAAUCAGGCCCAUCCAUCGUCCACCGCAAGUGCUUCUAAGCGCUGCAACCCGGACUCUAGUCUAAACACUUACAUUAUUACUUACCUUGCCAUGCUUUUUGAGAUAGCACUAUACCAAGAUAUAGCGUACUCUGUCUAUUUUGUAGUGUGUGAUCAGAAAAUAGGUUUGAAAAAUGACUUUCUCGAAAAAAACAUGGAUCCAGUCUUGUUGGACUUUGCC